UUUGGAGUAAAACGCUAUCUCAACAAACUAACCUCCGCUUUUUCACUAGUUUACGCAACUAACAAAAUCAAACUCCCCGUCCUUCGUCAAUAUCAUUCACGUUCUCUACACUCGUCUCUCCAGCUACUCGCUUUUUUUUUCUCUCUCUUCAAGUAAUUAAUUUUUGAAGAAAAAAAAUAGAGGGAAAAAAGAGUACGUACGAUUUUAUUGGCAAUGUCGACGGCGAGGCUUCACGUGGUUUGUUUCGUGAUUUUCUUUGUGAUUUUGUCUAUACAGCAAUGUAUUUGUGCAGAUUCGCCGGAAAAUUCUCCAAGUCCGGCGCCGGUAGCAGGUGGAGAUUUACGUUCUCUACCGCCGAUCGCUGCAGCUCCUAAAACGCCGUCACCUUUGGCUAGUGUGAGUUCUCCUCCGGCGUCUCCGCCGACGUAUCGGUCUUCUAAUUCUGUUCCAGCGCCGUCACCUGUAAACGGAGAUGAUGCUACUCCGUCUCCUGUAACAGAGCCUUCAUCUCCUUCUCCGGCUCCGACUGAUGUAGUUGCGAGUGAUAUAAGCCACGAGAGUACUACGACGGAGGUGGCAUCCAUGGACGGUGGAAUGAACGGAGGAAAGAAGGCAGGAUUAGCAUUUGGAGUAAUCGCAGCAGUGUGUGUUGUAGGUCUCGGAGCAUUGGUUUACAACAAGCGCCGGCAGAAUAUCCGACGAGCACAAUUCGGCAUUCGAGAGUUCCUAGGAAUGAACGGAGGAAAGGAUGCAGAAGCAGCAUUUGAUGUAGCAUUUGGAGUACUCGUAGCAGCGUGUGUUGUAUGUUUCGGAGCAGUGGUUUGCAACAAGUCCCGGCAGAAUAUCCGGCCAGCACAGUUCGGGUACGCUGCGCGGAGAAAUUUUCUAUAAUUUGCAUGCUUCAUAUAAAUCUAUAUAGUUCAUGAAUAUAUUUGUAGCAUUCUAGAGUUCCAUUAUAUUUGUUUGAUUCUUUAAUCUUUGAAUAAAAAUGGAGUACGUACUCCUAUUAUUUUGAUUAGGAUCAUAUUCUAUGGUUAUAAUUCGAUCGCCCUGUAUGCCUUGUGGUAAAGAUUCCUCUUAACAUUGUGAUCUUCACCAUAACGUUCCUUGUCUCUA